AUGGCAAAGUUCGCAUUGGUCACUGGAGCAUCUUCUGGAAUAGGUUACAACUUGGCUGUUGAAUUGUCAAAGAAUGGCUAUACGGUCUUUGGUGGUGCACCCGCACCUGUAGUUCAUCUUAUGGACCCUCUCAAGGAAUAUGGUGUGAUACCGUUUGCCUUGGACAUCACCGAUAUCCAGCUGAUUAAAGAUGCGGUUGAGCUUUUUAAGAAGGAGUCAGGUGGUGAACGACUUGACGUUUUGUAUAACAAUGCAGGUAUUGCUAUUGGUGGACCCGGCUAUGACUUUGACGAUGCUGAGGUUGCAAAUUUCAUUAACGUCAACCUUACAGGCCACAUUUACAUGACCAAAUACUUCUCGGAUUUUGUUAUCAACGCAAAGGGCACUAUCUUGUACACUGCAUCUGUUGCUGCCAUCAUGCCACUUUCAUGGACUUCCAUCUACUGUGCAACCAAGGCUGCGAUUAAUGCUUAUGCAAAGGGCAUCCGUGCCGAAUUGGCUCCUUUCGGAGUUACAGUCCACAGUGUGAUUACUGGUGGUGUCGAGACGGGCAUUGCAGGUCCAUCGCAGAAGGUUUUGGCUGCUAAGGCUCGCCAGUAUAAACAUUACGUUCCCAGCAUGGAAGCUUCUUUCGCAGCCUCGGGUAACAUGGUAAAGAACACCAUGACUCCUGAUGUUUACGCUAAACGAGUAGUCAAGCGUAUUGUGCGCGGAUUCAGUGGCUUCAAUAUCUACGAGGGCUUCAGGGCUGGUACCUUGAACUUCGUUUCCAGGUGGUUGCCGCUUUGGGUCCAUUAUAAAGCAAUGGCCGUCUAUUUCAAGCAAUCUGCUGUGUUCAGAGAACUUAAGAGGAAGUUUGGUAAGUGA